AUGCCUCUUCGUGGAAAAACAAGUCAAGGAAAUGUCAUACAGGUCGUCUACAGCAUAUCUUCCCGUCUCUCCCCACCUUCCUCUUUUUUGCUGUCAACAGGUCAGAACGAGCUGGGCUGUGAGAUAAAUGGCAGGCGGCUGGAGGAGGGCCAGGCUUUUCAGCCUUCCUGUGCACAGCUCUGCCACUGCCUGGGAGGAGGUGUGUCCUGUGUACCUCUGUGCAGUGAUGAUCUGCAGAGACCUACUGAUAAGUGCCCCAAUCCUCAGCUGGUGCGACUACCAGGGCGCUGCUGCAAAGAGUGGAUGUGUCAUGACCUGGACAACAGUAUUUCCUCAAAUCCAUCAGCAGCAGAGCAGGCACGCCAGGGCCGCGAGGGUGGGCUGUCUGGCUUGUCCUUUGGCCCAAUCUCCAACUGUAUCGAGUGGACCUCAGAUUGGAGCCCCUGCUCUCACAGCUGUGGUCCAGGUGUCUCCUCCCGCACCACCAUCAGGAAGCGGGCCUGUCUCCUGCAGACUGAGACCAGACUGUGCCAGGUCAGGCCAUGCCAGACUCUGCUCACGGGCCUCCAAAGGCUGCAACCGGGUUUUAGAGCAUGUGAGAGCAGCUACAGCUCACCUCUUUCCAUUCAGCUCGAAUACCAGGGCUGCUGGAGCACCAGAGCAUACCGUCCCAGGUUCUGUGCCUUGACUUGUCCAGAGGGAACCUGCUGCAGCCCCUCCCACACCAGGACAGUGUGGAUGGUUUUCCACUGCCCCCAGGGCAGACUCAUACAGCAGCAGGUGAUGAUGAUCGACUCCUGCUCCUGCAGCAUCUCUGCCUGUCACCAAUCCCUAGUCACAGCCGCCCGGACUGUCCUGCCCUGGCUGUGACGUGCAUCCAAGUACAAGACAGAUGGGCGAGUCCUGUCUGUGAGGAAACUAGAGGGUGACAAUGAUUAAACAUACGCACAUCAUGUUGUAUUGCACAGUGCAGGAAGUUGAGCUAGUGUGUGUCAAAAUUAUGUAAAUUCUGCAAUCAGGAAAUGAAACUUGGCCUUCAGCAAUAGUGUAGAUAUAAGUGUCUAGAUGUGCAAACACACUUUUUUAUGAAUGUGCACUCAGGUGCACUCAGGACAAAGUAAAAUUUAUGCAGUAGUCUUUAUCCAGACCUUAUUCACAUUUUAGCUCCACGGAGAGACAGGAUUUUAUUGAGGCACAGAUCUGGGGAAGGCUACAAACCUUUCUGCUGCAUUGAAGGUUCACAACAGCACAGUGGCCUCCAUAAUUCUUACAUGGAGAAAGUUUGGAAUGACCAGGACUCUUCCUAGAGCUGGCUUUUUAGGGGAGAAGGGCCUUGGUAAGAAAGGUGACCAAAACCUGAUGGUCACUCUGGCUAAGCUCCAGAGAUCCUGUGAGGAGAUGGGAGAACCUUCCAAUAUGGACAGCUCUCUCUCUCUCUCUUUCUCUAGAGCUCAGCCAGAGUCACCAUCAGGUUCUUUGUUGCCUCUCUUACCAAGGAAUGUAAUACUGAAUGGUCUCAAGCAACGAGUAGGUAGGCACUCCCUAAAGCUGCUGAAAUUAACCACACAGUACUAAUUAAGUCUGUCACACUGUUGAAGGCAGUGACACUUCCUUUUCUAUUGCUGACAGUCAGUUUUGUAGUACAUAAAAGCCAAGUAGCCUAGUAGUAGUAGCCUUUGUCUAUGACUUUAGAGUGCAAGCGUAUGGCCAUUUUUCUACAGACAGUACCAGUGCAGACCUGGUGCAAAUCAAACUUGCAAAAGUACCAGUAAAAGAAAUUAUUUUUAGCCAGCACAAGCAAGACUUUAUUUUUCUUUUAUUCAUUAAUAAAUAUCAAUGUCAAAUUCAGAUUUUUGGCUGCACAAAGAGGGAUCUUUUGUGACUUAAGUUGGACUUUGGAGCUUUCAUAUCUUUUGAUAGAACAGUACAUUUUAAGACACAAGACACACUUUAUAGGAGAUGAAAUGAGCUAUUGAGACCACAAUCACAUUUCUCUUUCAUAAGAGGAGUCCGGUUUUCCCUUCAGUGCAGUCAGUGGAGCUAACAUCAUGCAGCUGUUGGAGGAACUGCAGCCUCAGACCAUGCCUCAGACACAUGGAUUUGCUGUGAUGGUUGGUGCUUGCUGCUGCUGCAUUCCCCUGCUGAUGUGCGGACAGUGGAAGAGCAUUUGUGUAAGACCAGCCAUCCAAGAUAAUGAUUUAAUCUGCUGGUGGGGUGUAAAACUUACAGUGGCAUAUUCCAGACAUCAAUCAAAAUGUUGAGAUUUUAAGAUAUCUGCACACUCAUUUGAUAAGAGAAAUAGACAUGGAGUUAAAUGAAUCUGGGCCAACUUAUUACACAAAACCUGCGUUUCUAAUUAAAUUCACAUUUGCUGCACUUUUUAAGAGAAUGUACUACCCAAUAUUAAUUUGCAAAUGUUAUGAUGUUUUGUUUUUGGGUUUUUUUGGUUUUUUGUUGUUGUUUUUAAUUUCAUAAAGUCCUGAUUCUAUUUACAUAAAAUCCUCAGUUGUUAAGAGUAGAAAUGGUUUUGUUUAAUCAAGAGCACACUGCACUGCAACUGAUGAAUAAGCGUUUAAUAAAAGUGAUUUUUAUCCGUGUAUGGGAUAAAGAUUUUACCAGAAUGCAUUAAAUGUUGAUACACAA